CGCCGGAAUGAGAGACUGCGCAGACGCACCGGCCCGACUACGGAGCUCUGUAUUUCGUGUUUUUAGUCUUUGUGCCAUGCGUAUUUUGAUUUCCUGCACGCCAGGGAAUGUCUAGCGGUUCGUCGACGGAAACGCGCACCUAUGGAGUAACGUCAGCUCUGAGUUACACGGGUCCGAAGGAAAAGGACGUCGAGCUGACAAAGAAGCUGGAAGAGUUUCUUGUGCCUUUGGGGAUAUACGAGACCGACGACGAGCUGCAGCACAGAAUUUCGGUUCUUGCUUCAUUGAAUGAUCUCGUGAAGGAAUGGAUUGUCAAAUUGAGUCACGAAAAGAAGAUGCCCGAGUCAGUGGCCUUGAAAAUGACAGGAAAAGUAUACACAUUUGGUUCGUACCGAUUGGGAGUGCACACAAAAGGUGCAGAUAUUGAUACUCUCUGCGUGGUUCCUCGACAUGUGGAAAGAUCAGACUUUUUCACAUCGUUUCUUGACAUGCUACGUGAUCGAAAGGAAGUGAAGGACUUGAGAGCUGUAGAGGAUGCGUUUGUUCCUGUAAUGAAGAUGGUAUUUGAUGGAGUGGAAAUCGACUUGCUGUUUGCUCGUUUGGCACUACAAGAGCUACCACCAGAUCUAGACCUUAGAAAUGAUUCUUUGUUAAAGAAUCUAGAUGCACGCUGUGUUCGUAGUCUAAAUGGAUGUCGUGUAACUGAUGAGAUUCUUCAUUUGGUGCCCCACAGAGAAAAUUUCAAGCUAACUUUGAGAGCUGUGAAAUUAUGGGCUAAACGUCGUGGUAUUUAUUCUAAUGUUUUGGGUUUUUUGGGUGGUGUAUCAUGGGCAAUGUUGGUGGCACGGAUAUGUCAACUGUAUCCGAAUGCUGUUGCAUCGACACUGAUACAGAAAUUCUUUUUUGUAUAUAAGACUUGGAUAUGGCCGAAGCCUCUUCUUUUAAAACAACCCGCACAGGACAACCCAUUUGGUUUGCCUGUGUGGGAUCCAAGGGUCAAUCCUAGGGAUCGUUAUCAUCUCAUGCCGAUCAUUACUCCAGCAUAUCCGCAGCAGAACUCGACGUUUAAUGUGUCAUACUCUACAUUAGCCGUAAUGACAGAGGAAUUUUCAAGAGGAUUUGAAAUUAUGGAAAAAUUGUUGAGUGAUGGCGAUGCUCAGUGGAGCAUCCUUUUCGAUCCAGUGAACUUCUUCAACAAAUACAAACAUUACAUUGCCAUCAACGCAACAGCUCAGACAGAAGAUGAACGUCUCGAAUGGGUCGGACUGGUCGAGUCGAAAAUUCGUUUGCUUGUGACUAGUCUGGAGCACAGCGAGGGAGUUAAAAGGGCUCAUGUUAACCCUAAACAAUUUCAAUUGGAGAAAAACAACGAGCCACAGACAUUAUGGUUUAUUGGUCUUGACUUUGAAACUCAUGGUGAUGUGUUGAAAGUGGACCUGACGUAUGAAAUUCAGAUGUUUGUAAAUACAGUUCGCACGCAAGCAGACAAGUCAUUACCGAUGUCCAAAGACACCAUACAAGUCGAAGCCAAGUAUCUGAAAAGAAAGCAACUCCACGAAUUACUGCCUCCAGAUGUCAUCAAAGUGUCAAAGAAACGCUCUAGCCAGGGUAUCCGGAAAUUGGGUCAAGAGCUCGAAGCGAGUCAUUCAAGUGGUGAAGUCAUUAUGUUGAGCACUAGUAGUUGUAGUUUGGACUCUUCUGGCCUUCAUGCUGUGUCUACAGAGUCCAAUGUUAUAGAUGGAGAGUCAUUGCCGGCUCGCAAGGGAAGACCAAGGUCGUAUACGAGCAAGACACCACCAGAGAAGAAAAUGAAAGUUGACCAAACGGUAAAGGCUAAAGCGGUGUCGGCUGAAGGCAAGUUGUGUCACGAAAUGAUGAUACAAACAACCGGACCGCCACCACACGGAAUGAACGACAAGAAGAAGCCCGACUUCGAUCUGUCGAAGUGAAGAUUGGGUUUUUGAGUUGGAGUGUAUGGUGGCUUCUCUUGCAUGCAUGAACUACAUGUAGGUAGUAUCUUUCAAAUGUGGGGUGUUAUGAUGGGUGUCGAAAAAACUGGAAGUUUAAUGGGUAAAUAUGAACAGUCAAUAAGAGGAGAGUGACUUUGUUA